AUGGACCCAUCUGCAUGGCCGAGGUGCCCAGAAUCGGUUGUGGCCAAACGCCAUCCCAUCUUGGUUUACAAAGCGUGGUGUUGGCCAAGCAAGUUCGUCCGCUUCGACAAGAGGCGGCCAAGGAACAAGGUCUCCUGUCUCAUACAGCAGAAAGCCAUGUUUCAAUCGACCCGCGAGUUCAUGAUCGAUCCUUUUCUGCACAAUUGUUGGGCUAUGUCGCUCGAGUAG